AUACACUAAUUUCAAAUAUGGCUGAUGCCCUUAGUACAUGCAGCUGCCUAGGUACACAGCUAUGAUACCAAUUGCCCACUGCCCACUUAUUCUAGAUAGGCAGGCUUCGAGUUGGGCAUUUGCCGGGUUCACACACUGCAAUCGAUUCUAAGGCUACACCAACGCUUCUCCCUGAGUCAGACUCACAUUCAAGUUCACCUUCCCUCAUGGAUACUUCAGAGAUAAGAGAGAAAAUCGGCCGCUUUCGAAUCCUCGUUGUAGGAAGAGCGAAUGCAGGAAAAACUACCAUCCUACAGCGAGUUUGCAACACACGGGACGACCCAGAAAUCCACAACAGCGCCGGGGUAAAGAUCGAUCUUGCAGUUAUAGAGGCAUCCAGAGAGGUGUGUUGUGUUCUUAGUCGACGACAGGAACUGACGUGCUCUCAGCGUGGACUGCACGACAUUGAGAACGAAAUGGUGUUUCGAAGCAAUCCGGGCUUCGUUUUUCAUGAUUCACGCGGGUUUGAGUCAGGCGGCAAAGACGAAUUUGAGAAGGUGAAGGAAUUCAUCGCUGGCCGUUCCAAGGAAAUCAAGAUAACAAAUCGACUUCAUGCGAUAUGGUACUGCAUCCCAAUGGACGAAGCACACAGGUCGUUCACUGCAGCUGAACAGAAAUUCUUCUCCGAGUGCGACACAGGAACCAUUCCAGUGAUCGUAGUGUUCACAAAGUUCGACGCCCUCUACGACAUAGCAUACUCACAACUGAGGAAGGAAGGAAAAUCUCUGAAAGACGCUCGAGAACUGGCCCCGAAACGCGCCGAAGAAACAUUUCCAGAUGGACCCCAAUUGAAGUUUCUCCAGGGCGUCCGAUGGCCUCCAAAAGGUCAUGUAUGCCUUCCUAAUUGUGGGGCGCUGAUUGAACGCACGGCUGGAACUUUGAACGAUGAAAUGCUGGAGCAACUAUUCGUCUCAACUCAGCAGACCCACUUGGAGAUCUGCAUGAGAUAUGCAAUCAAGAGGACGCUCCCAAAACAUCUUGACUCUGUAAAGAGUACAACUGAAGGAUACAAGGAGAUAGUAGGGACCUUGGGCAACUGGUUUCCUCAUAUUUAUGUAAGUUGGUGAGUCCGUCGAUCCUCGUUCGAGCAAGAGCCAUGCUGAUCUAUGUCGUUGCCCACCGUUCGCAGCAUGUG